AGUAGUGAAGAAGCUCUCUUGAGACAAGUGCUAGUAUUAAAUUCCAGUGAACUUUCAAUCAAGCAGACAUUCCGGCUGGCAUGAUGAAGCUCCUCCUUUUGUGCGCCGUUAUUGGAAUUGCUGUUGGCGAGGCACCCUACCCUCCAUCUGGAUGGAGACCACAGGGGGCUCAGUUUAAUCUACCCAACCAAUAUGGAGCUCCUCAGAGGCAAAACUACGAAGUUGAAGUCACCAGGGAGAAUGUCGAAUAUGUCGGAACAGUUACUGAAAGUCCCGAGAAUCCGCCAGCCGAUGAUGACUCUGAAGAUGAUUUGAGAGUUCAAGGAAUUCCCACCACAAACGCUCCUCGUUUCAACCCACCCCAAUCUUCUCGUCAGAGGGUGCAGCAGUCGCAAUUCCGUGGUCAGUACACAGAUCCUCAGGAAUUCGAAGUUGCUCGUAAUCUGAAAUCUGGUCAACUGAGGGCCAAUGUUCAGUUCGGUCGUCAACAAGCUGGACCUCAGCAGGAAUAUGGACCACCAACACGAGCCACUCGCCCUCAGGCUGAGCAACAACCAGAAGAAGAUCCAGAAGAUACUGAGGACCCCGAGAACAAUGGCCAGACCGUUGUGGCUGUUGCCAAUGCAGGAUCUUCUGGACAGUAUUACGUUCUCUCACAGGAUAACACCCUCCAACGAGUUAUGUUCCUCACCAGACAGACCGAAGAGGACCGUCGUCGCAAUGGAUUCACUGCCCAGCUCAGAUAUUCUCCAGUCCAACCUAUUACCGACCCCAUCUACGUAUACAACGAGCAAGGUCAACUGAUCCGAGUGUUCAACAAAUAAUUUCAAGUAUUUUGCGGAUGAAGAUGAAAUUUGUAUCAGUAUUGUUUAUAAAGUCUUGUCAAUUGUUAAUUUUUGCACAAUAAAUCAUUUAUUAAGUUGAAAA